CUCCCAGCAGCAGCACCAGCCUAAUUCGUUGUUGCCCUUUGUCUUUAAACCAAAAAACCCUGCAGCAGCCUUCUUGUUCCUUAACAACCAUUUCUCUCUUGGGCUUCUUCGUGUCCAUGGCAACCAGAUAUCUUUCUAUUUCCCUUUCACAACCAUUUCUCUGUAACUUUUCAUAGUUCACCCUAUCUCUUUGUUAUAAUAAUAUUUCUACCUGCAUUCCCCAAACCCAUUUGACAAACACUCAUUGCUAUCAGAAAGUUGACCCUUUUUUUUUCAGAAGAAGAAAAGAAGAGCAAAAGACAGCAACCCAGAUCAGUGAUUAGUAGUUAAAGUUUACUACGCAUACAAAAAAUGAAUCUUGAUCAAGACCCUGAUCAUCCUCUGCCAUUGGAGAGGCUCUAUGACCAAGGUCCUCCGCCAUUUCUCGCCAAAACGUAUGACAUCGUCGAUGACCCAUCAACCAACCACAUAGUUUCAUGGAGCAGAGACAACAACAGCUUUGUUGUUUUGGAUCCCAAUAGCUUUUCCAUGAGUCUUCUCCCCAGAUAUUUCAAGCACAACAAUUUCUCCAGCUUUGUCAGGCAGCUCAACACCUAUGGAUUUAGGAAGGUUGAUACGGACAGAUGGGAGUUUGCUAAUGAAGCGUUUCUCAGAGGGCAAAAGCAUCUUUUAAAGAACAUCAGGAGGAGGAAGGCAUCCCAUCUUCCUCAAGCUUCACAGAAAACUUUGGACUCUUGUGUAGAAGUUGGGAGGUUUGGAUUGGACAUAGAGAUCGACCAGUUGAGGCGCGAUAAACAAGUACUCAUGGGGGAACUAGUGAAGCUUCGACAGCAACAGCAAGCUAAUAGAGUUUACCUCCAAGGAAUGGAAGAUAGACUGAAGAGGACAGAGUUGAAACAGCAACAUAUGUUGAGUUUCUUGGCAAGGGCAAUGCAGAAUCCUAAUUUUGUACAACAAUUGUCGCAGCAGAAGGACUUAAGGAAGGAACUGGAGAAAGCAGUUACCAAGAAGAGAAGGCGGACUAUUGAGCAAGGGCCUAGUAAUGUUGAGGUGGAUGAAUUAGGCCAUGUUGGAAUAGAGACUUAUGUUAAAGUUAAACCACAAGAAUAUGGUGACAUUUCUGAUCAGUUUGAAGUUUCGGAGUUGGACCAAUUUGCUAUAGACAUGCCGGGGGUAAGCAGAAGCCAAAAUGUUCAUGGUGACCAAGAAUGUAUAGAGAGAGACGAAGAACAUGAAGGUAGAGGCAAAGACCUGGAUAAGGGUUAUUGGCAAGACUUGUUCAAUGAGAAUAUUGAUGAAGAAAUUGGUUUGCUUGGUGUUCAAGAAGAGGAUCAGGAAGAUGUCAAUGUGUUAAUUGAGGAGCUUGGUUUUUUAGCUCCCAGUCCCAAGUAAAGAAGACGAUGAGCUUCUCAUGCAUACUUUCUUCAAGGGUAUGGGUUUGAGACCCUCAUCAUCAAGAUAUCAUGAAGUUCCUUGCCCGUUUCUAAGUUAGCAUUGACGAAUGAACGAACGCAUGAAUACUGAGAAGUUACACUGUUCCACUACAAACAGCUACCUGUGGUUAGUUUCCUUUUAGGAUCACUUGAAUUUCUUGGUUUUCUUGUAUCUCUGCUUUCCAUUCACUUCUCGUCUAAAAUCUGAUUGUAUUCCAGCUAGUGUUUGAAAAUCAAAGGUAUGUACUUAUCCUGAACGAUCAUUAAUCUUGACAUGACUUUAGAAAUUCAGUUAUUCAGUUAA